AUGGCUGCAAACAAACCACUUGAUGAUGCUGUCAUCAUUGGUAUAGAUUUCGGAACUACGUACUCGGGCGUGGCCUGGGCCUACUCACGAGAACCUGAGGAGAUCGAAAUCGUGACUAGCUGGGAAUCUGAACUUAAUCAUUGUUCCGACGUGGAGAAAGCACCUACCCAGAUUCACUAUGGCCACAAUAGCCGGGAUAUCAAAUGGGGAUAUGGCAUUUCCCCCGAACAUGAACCCUUGAAAUGGUUCAAGCUUUUGCUCCUUGAACCCAAAGACAUCCCUCAAGGCGCUGCUAACUCUACCCAGCUCAAGGAGGCACGUCGUCUACAGAGCAAGUUCAGAAAGGAACCCGUAGGAAUCGUGGCAUGCUUCCUUCGAAAGAUCUGGGAUCAUUCCGUCGAGUCCAUCAGACGCGCUAUUGGGGAUGGUGUUAUGAAACGAUCCAAAUUCCAGGUCGUCAUCACUUUGCCGGCAAUUUGGCCCCCCUAUGCUCAACAACGAAUGAAAAUGGCAGCCAAGCAGGCAGGUAUUCUGGAUCCACGCCUUGCUGGCCCUACUACUCUCCGCUUCGUCUCUGAACCAGAAGCUGCAGCACUCGCCACCAUCAAAGAUCUCUCCAAGCGCUCGAGCAUCAAGGCUGGUGACACCAUUGUUGUCUGCGAUGCAGGAGGUGGCACGGUUGAUCUCAUUAGCUACAUUUUUCAAUCAACUGAUCCAUUCGUUGUCAAAGAAUGUGUCAAAGGCGAUGGUGACCUCUGCGGAGGAGUUUUUCUUGACGAGGCCUUCAUCAGAUUUGUCAAGAGGAAGAGUCCCAAGGGUACAUGGUGGCCUGUCACUAAGACCGAAGAGAGGAAGUUCCUUAAUGACGAGUGGGAGCAUGGUAUCAAACCUCAAUUCGAGAAUCAGAAGCGGAGCUGGUCGCUCGCUCUCCCUGAUACUUGUGUCAACCCUUCCAGUCAAGGCUUGAUGCGCCGUAUGACACUCGAUCUCACCUCCCAGGAUCUUUUUUCAGCGUUCUCAUCGAUCGUUGACAAGAUUGAGGUCCUCGUCAGACACCAGGUCGACGCAACCCAGAGCAAAUACCAUGAAAAGCCCAAGGUAUACAAAAAGAAACGCUUGUAGGUACUAUGUUCCUAACUUCCUGUA